AAGACCAGACAUACAAUAGAAAUAUCUUUCGCUAACCGCGAAACUCUGUUAGGAAAAAAAAAAGAUUGGGCAUUUAACGGAUAAUAACCUAUCAACCGCUCUGUGCCUUUUGUCAUGGCUUUGUGCUUCUCCAUUAAUGCCACAACAUUACCUCAACAUCAUCAUGGGAAAGUGAAUUAUAGGAGCAACAAAAAAUGUCUUGAAAGUGUUAGAAACCUUGUAAAAACAACCGGGGUUGCUUCAGUUGUAUCUGCUCCUCAAGAAUCACUGCAAAAGGGCAACUGGGUCAAGCUUAUCUGCGGUGCUAGCUUUGAGGAUGUUGUCGAUGUCAGGAAUCUUUCUCUAGUUUACACUCUAGCUGGAGUUGACUGCAUUGAUUGCGCUGCCGAUGCAUCUAUUGUGAAUGCUGUAAACGAAGGAAUUGAAGCAGCAAGGGAGAUUGUUUACCUUCGAAAGCCUUGGGUAAUGAUUAGUGUUAAUGAUGAUGAAGAUCUUCACUUUCGUAAAGCUGAAUUUGAUCCAGAGGAGUGUCCAUUGGACUGUUCAAGGCCCUGUGAAACCAUUUGUCCUGCAAGUGCAAUAUCAUUACAGCAACAUCAAUCAACAACAGAACUUUCCCAUGGUACCGAAACACUCAAUGUAUUAAAGGGCGGAGUGAUAACUGAACGCUGUUAUGGCUGUGGUCGUUGCUUUCCGGUUUGCCCAUAUGAUAAAAUAAGAAUGGCUAUGUACACAAGGGAUGCUGCCGCUACUGCUGAACUUCUUAAAAGGAAUGAUGUAGAUGCCAUAGAGAUACAUACAGGUGGAAGGCAGACUGCCCCCUUUGAGGGACUCUGGAAUGAUUUGGGAAAUUCAACUGGAUACCUGAAACUAGUAGCAGUUAGCUUACCAUAUGCUGGAGAUUCAACUAUAUCUUCAAUGAACACAAUCUACACAAUGAUGGAACCUCAUCUUCCUUGCCUCAAUUUAUGGCAGUUGGAUGGCCGUCCCAUGAGUGGAGAUAUUGGCCGAGGUGCCACAAGGGAAUCGAUUGCAUUCGCUGCUUGUUUGGCUGCUGUGAAAGAUAAGCCUCGUGGUUUCUUUCAAUUGGCCGGUGGCACAAAUGCUCACACGGUUGAAGGGUUGAAAAAGGAAGGGCUUUUUCAAACAACACUAGUUGCUGAGAAUUCAAAGGAUAACAGAUCAAUGCCUACUUCACUUGCUUCAUCACAUGCUUUAAUAGGUGGCAUAGCUUACGGGGGCUAUGCACGCAAGAUUGUUGGAAGGGUCUUGAGUUCCAUGCGAUCACAGCAUGGUCUUGUCCAUAUUGAGGAUUAUCCAGAGCAUCUCUUGCAAGCACUUGCAAAUGCCCUUGAUUUGGUUGGAACAGUCAAAUGUUAUGAUCCCUGUACGUAGGAUUACUGAAGUUACCUGGGUUUCCAAAUUCACAAUUCCAGUAACUUGAAUUGUUUA